UCUCUCUCUCCCACACAGAGUUACAAACAAACCCUCAUUGGAUUCAUCUCUUCAUCAUGAAGCGCAACUGCAAUUUGGAGCUUCGCCUCGUCACGCCUUCCAUGUUGGAUUUGAACGACGAGAGUUCGAACAAAAAGCAGCAGCUGACAAUUUUCUACAAUGGAAAAAUGGCUUGUUGUGAUGCAACGGAGCUUCAGGCGAGAGCGAUCAUAUCGCUGGCGAACCGAGAAACGGAGGAAAAAUCGAGCAAGAAUUUUCCGGCGAUGAAUUCGCCGGUGUAUAGUGCGGCGACCGGGCUGUCGAUGAAGAGGUCGCUGCAGAGAUUUCUGGAGAAGAGAAAGAGUAGGGCUCAAACGAUAUCGCCAUACUCGAUUACCAGACAAUAGAGUUUUUAGUUGAUUAAUUAAUGAUUGAGUAUUAAUUAGAUUAUGAGUUGUUUUUUUUAUAUAAAAAAAAACGCCAUUUGUGGGUGGGAGGUUUAGGCAGACCUUCAACCCGUAAAUAAGAUCAAAAUGUAAUGUUCCAAAAACAUGAUCUUAGCC